ACAGAUACAGUACAGGCUCUCCACACGUGAUUCCUUAAUCAAAAAUCCAGUAUGGCGGAAUCUGACAGCGGAGGUUGUUAUCGCGGCUGCUCUUCGCACGAGGGCUGAAAUAACCCGGGAUUUCCUCGGGGAGAAGCUCCGCCGGGCCGCGGGAAGGUGGAUUCCAAGACAGCAGAUCUCUUUAUCUGGUGUUUCCCUGUGACUGAUCCUCAUUACUCAUCUGCUUGAGGAACUUACAUGAAACAUCCCUACCUUUAAAGAGAAGACCUGCUCAGUAUCUGUCAGUAACAAUGACCUCUCAUGGUCACUCAGAUUCGCAGAUGGAGCAGCCUGUGGAGCUUCUGAAGCCGUCAGCCUUUGACCACAUUCCCACAGUUGACCUGAGCUCCGCUCUGCCUCUCAGAGUUCCUCCAGCAGCCAUUCCUAUGGACCUGCGGGUGGACCAGUCUCCAGGCUCGGGUUCGGGCUCGGGUCUGGUAUCAGACUCCGUGGACUCCAGCCUGCAGGACCAGCAGCUGCAGCAGGAGCUCCUGUCCCUGAAACACAAGCAGCAGGUCCAGAGACAGCUCCUCAUCGCCGAGUUCCAGCGGCAGCACGAGCAGCUCUCCCGCCAGCAUGAAGCCCAGCUGCAGGAGCACAUCAAGCAUCAGCAGGACUUACUGGCUCUUCAGCACCAGCAGGAGCUGCUGGAGCACCACAGGAAGAUGGAGAAGCACCGGGUGGAGCAGGAGCUGGAGAAACAGCAGCGGGAGCAGAAACUACAGCUCCUCAAGAACAAGGAGAGGGGUCAGGAGAGUGCCGUGGCCAGUACAGAGGUGAAGAUGAGGCUGCAGGAGUUUGUGCUGAAUAAGAAGAAAGCUUUGGCCCAGCGCAACCUCAACCACUGCAUCACCAACAACCCUCGCUACUGGUACGGGAAAACUCAGCACAGUUCUCUAGACCAGAGCUCCCCCCCUCAGACUGGAGUCUCUGCCUACAACCACCCGGCUGUGGGCGUCUACGACUCCAAGGACUUCCCACUCCGCAAGACAGCAUCGGAACCCAACCUGAAGGUUCGCUCUCGUCUGAAGCAGAAGGUCACAGAGAGGCGGAGCAGUCCUCUACUGCGGCGGAGAGACAACCCCAUCAGCACCGCCAAGAAGCGCUCUCUGGACAUGGCAGAUUCUGCAUGUAGCAGUGCUCCAGGAUCCGGCCCCAGCUCCCCCAACAACAGCUCACACAGCAACCUGUGUGAGAACGGCAUCAGCGUGGCCGUCUCCAGCAGCUCUGCAGAGUCGUCUGUAACUAACAGGCUUGCUGGACGGGAAGGCUCGAUGAGUCAGCUGUCUCUGUACACCUCUCCCUCGCUACCCAACAUCACUCUGGGCCUGCCGGCCACCACCACCGAUAAUGUGACGUCUACCCAGCAGGACAGUGAGUGCCUGCCUGUGACCAAUUUACCCAUAACCACCCAGUUCCUGGCCACGUCUCACCUGCCUUCUUACCUGGGCACAUCUGACUCAGCCACUUCCCACAAUGCCCUGCUGCAGCACAUGGUCCUGCUGGAGCAGUCAGCCACGCCGAGUCCUUUAGCUACAGGCAUCAGCGCCCUCCCUCUGCAGUCUCCUGCCCUCCACAAGCUGAGGCAGCACCGGCCGCUGGGUCGCACCCAGUCCGCCCCCCUGCCCCAGAGCAACCAGGCCCUGCAGCAGCUGGUGGUCCAGCAGCAGCACCAGCAGUUCCUGGAGAAACACAAGCAGCAGUUCCAGCAGCUCCACAUCAACAAGAUCCUGACGAAGCCUGGUGAGGUGGGGCGACAGCAUCAAAGCCACCCUGAAGAGACGGAGGAGGAGCUCAGGGAGCAACAGGACUCCGCCCUGUUGGAGGAGGGGCUACCGCUCAGUGUCAUCAUUAAACAGGAACCCCCGGACCCCCAGGAGGAGGAGAGACAGGAAGAGCAGGAGCUGCUCUUCAGACAGCAGGCCCUCCUGCUGGAGCAGCAGAGGAUUCAUCAGUUGAGGAACUAUCAGGCCUCCAUGGAGGCGGCGGGUCUGUCGGUCAGUUUCCCCGGGCACCGCCCCCUGUCCCGGGCUCAGUCCUCUCCUGCAUCCGCCUCCUUCAUCACUGUGCAGGACCCGCCCUCCAAACCUCGCUUCACUACAGGUCUUGUGUACGACUCUCUGAUGCAGAAGCAUCAGUGCAUGUGUGGGAACACCAACACACACCCGGAGCACGCCGGCCGCAUCCAGAGCAUCUGGUCCCGGCUGCAGGAGACGGGUUUACGAGGACAGUGUGAAUGUAUUCGGGGGAGGAAGGCGACUCUAGAGGAGCUGCAGACGGUUCACUCAGAGGCUCAUGUCAUGCUGUACGGCACCAACCCUCUGCGCCAGAAACUCGACAGUUCUGUAAUUUCCAUGUUCGUCAGGUUGCCGUGUGGUGGGAUCGGGGUGGACAGUGAUACCAUCUGGAAUGAGGUGCACUCCUCCAGUGCAGCUCGUCUGGCUGUGGGCUCUGUGGUUGAGCUGGUUUUUAAAGUGGCUUCAGGAGAACUGAAGAACGGCUUUGCUGUGGUGAGACCACCCGGACACCACGCUGAGGAGAGCACUCCUAUGGGCUUCUGCUACUUUAACUCGGUUGCCAUAGCAGCUAAACUUUUACAACAAAGGCUCAAUGUCAGUAAAAUCCUGAUUGUCGACUGGGAUGUGCACCACGGCAAUGGCACUCAGCAGGCUUUCUAUGACGACCCCAAUGUUCUCUACAUCUCUCUCCAUCGCUACGAUGAUGGAAACUUCUUCCCUGGAAGUGGAGCUCCUGAUGAGGUGGGGAGUGGUCCAGGUGUGGGCUUUAAUGUGAACAUGGCCUUCACUGGGGGGCUGGAUCCACCAAUGGGGGACGCUGAAUACCUGUCUGCUUUCAGGACGGUGGUGAUGCCCAUUGCGAAUGAGUUUGCUCCAGAUGUUGUUCUGGUGUCUGCAGGCUUUGAUGCUGUGGAGGGACACCCGCCUCCACUGGGAGGAUACAAAGUCACGUCCAAAUGUUUUGGUUACCUCACAAAGCAGCUGAUGGGAUUGGCUGGAGGACGGGUGGUGCUGGCGCUGGAGGGAGGUCAUGAUCUCAGAGCUAUAUGUGAUGCUUCAGAGGCCUGUGUAUCUGCUCUGCUGGGGAAAGAGCUGGACCCGCUCUGCCCAGACCUGCUAAAGCAGAGACCCAACGCUAACGCUGUGAGCUCUAUGGAGAAAGUUCUAGAAACUCAGAGUAAGUACUGGAGGUCAGUUCAGAGGUACGUCUCCUCGGUGGGCUACUCUCUGCUGGAGGCUCAGCGCUGUGACUCAGAGGAGAACGAGACCGUCAGCGCCAUGGCGUCUCUAUCUGUGGCAACAAUGGAGAAAAGGACUGAAGACGAGCCGAUGGAGGAAGAGCCGCCGCUGUAACGGGGCUGUGAGCCGAGUCUGAGCCUGAUCGCUACGCUACACUUGCGAGGUCCUCAGGAUCUCUGUGUGUUUCCUUUUGUCUCCCCUGGCUGAGGGCAGUGUUAGCAGCCCGGAGGGCAGUAUGAGGGGGGGCAGCGGGGCAGAAAGCCUAACUGAAACGUUAGCGCUGGCAGCCCACUAGCACUGUGGCCCCGGAGCAACGGCAACAAGUUGCAGAGACUCGAGAUGUUUUGAUGUAUUGAUGGAGGCGCCUCUGAUGUUGAGCGUGACCGUCGACGGCCUGUCGCUCACGCUGGGGCCUAUUACUUUCAGCCAGUAGUUAAUAUCAUUCAGAGAGAGAGAGAAAAUGAGAGAAAAGGAGAGAAAGAGAGGGAGAAGGAGGGAUGAACAGUUAUUGAGCUGUUAUUAAGAUGAAGAAGAUGAUGAGUAGAGGAAGUUAAGUAAAGAAAAGAGGAUGAGAAAGAGAGAAAAAGAGAGAGAAAAAGAAAGAAAGAGGUCAAUGGCGCUACGACUACGACUCUUCUGAGGCAAACCUUCUGAGGAAAUCGUAAAAAAUGAACUUUACGACGCUAGACUUUUUGUCUUUUUGAUUUUGAUUGCGUGCGCAGUUCUUGUUCGUUAACCUCCGUAGUGAAGCAUAGAGACUGCAGACGAGUGAAGCAUCUUUCUAUCUUUCACCAGGAGAUGGUGGUGCUGCGUCUCUGUACCACCUCUACGGUUCAGACGUGGUUUUAGCCACGUGAGCGCGAGUGAGUGCCUUUACUGAGAGCUGGUGGAUUUAGGAAGGAAUCUGUGGAGCUCCGCCUUAAGUAAUCUUUUCUAAUGAUGAUUUUUCAAAGAUAAAGAAGGACGUCGUCCGUCAGUCGUUCCUGCUGGUGGACGUUUUUAGUGGAUGGUGAAGGAGCUUGUCAGAUUAAAUGGCAGAUAAAAGAAUAAAACCUUUCCAGCAUGUUUACUCGGACUGUCCAAUCCGUAAAAUGGUAAAACGUCUGAACCAGACUUUCUGAACCUUUCCUCAACCUUUUUCCUCAAAAGUUUUCCUGAGUGAUGUGCUGCUGUACAAACGCUUAAACCAACAGUAGACGCCAGUAAACUAGUAUAAGACAGGGCCGUUCCUGAAGAUGUUCAAGAAGAAGAAGAAGAAGAAGAAGUUUCUCACUGAGCCGAGCUUAGUGUUCGAGGCACUAAAAAAAACAUGUAGCUUUCGCAAGAAAAAUGUAAGAUGGCCUUUCUUUCCUUCAUUUCCUCCAAUUUAUACACUGGCAUGUGCAUCGCAAGAGAAAAGUGAGCUGCAACCAAUUAGAGCGCUUCUGAAAAGAGACUAAUCGAUAUGAAGAAGAAGAAGAAGAAGAAGAAGAUUAAUAAUAAGAAGAAGAAGCAGAAGAAAAAUAACAAAAAAGAUCUAACCAAAGCAUGGGUUUGCAUUCUGUUCUGCAACACUAUUUAAAACUCAGUCUUGUUCUUGUUCCUGUGCUGUCAAACAAAUGACUUGAAAUGAAAUGAAAUGCAAAGAAAUGAAAUGAAAUGGGUGAAAUUUGUGGGAGGAGAGACCGAUUUCAUUCGGUUCGAUCUCAUUCGCUGAAGGAAAGAAGUUCACCGCUGUCGAUACUGACGUUUUAAACAGCGAUGGACGUAAUCAAUCAACAUAUCAGUUCUGUCCCUGAGCUGAUCAGGAAUCUCAACAGCAGAAAGACGACGGGACAAUCAAAAAAAAAAAGGUGGAAAGUGCAAAAGAGGCCGGUUUGUUCUGAAGACCCUGAGCAUGAGAAUAAAAUGGUAAUAACAGGUUUAUUACAGCAUGCAUGAUUACCUAUAUUUUUUGUUUUGAGUCUUCUUAAGAGUUGUUUGCACUCGAGUUUGACUUCCUUCCUUUUGAACCAGCCCACCACCAAUUUUCCCCCUUAUAUAAAUAAAAGAGAAAGAACAGGUGGACACACUUUACCAUAACACACAUAAAACACAUAAAACUCAUCCUGCAUCCCACAUCUGAACGUGUACAUCUGAGCUCUUUCUGAGUUAUUAUGUUACUCAUAUUGAUAUUGAUGUUAACAUUAUUAUGACCUGCUUAUAUGUUUUGUACCGUUUCUUUUUCCAGUCAUUCCUGUUUUUGUACACAUUUUUUCUCCAUUCCAUUUCUACAUUUUAAUAUCUAUUUUUUAAAUUAUUGGUUUCCGUAGAUGGAUUCUAUUUUAUUUUGCUGUUACUUGUACAGUAAACAUUUGGUACCAUGUACUUUAACACCGUGUGAUGAACACUGCGGGUCGUGAGCUCGGGUUCGUUCACGGCCGUUUCUAUUUUGUACAUUUUCUCACGAGGACUGAGUGUGUACUUCAUGUUCUGUUCAUAGUAGAUUUCUAUAUGAAAGAAAAUAUAUCAUGAAUAUGAGACAAACUGA